AUGGGAGAUGGACUGGCGAGCGCGGUCCCAAUGGUGUCUUGGCCGGAGCACGCGGAAAUGGAGAAGGGGGAUGUGGUCGUAACGGUGGAGCACUGCCAUGGCUGCCACCGGCACCGGAUGACGACGCGCCAUGACCCUCAGCCCAUUCAACCCUCGAACCCUUCACCCCUCGUUCGCAUCGGUGAUGCGAUACACUGUAUAGGACAAGGCUUGUAUGGUGAUGAUCCUCCUGCCACAUGCCGCCUUCUUUACGUUCCGUUCGAUCCCAAGGUCUACCUUAGCCAUGCGAACGCUGUCAAGGAACUCUUGAUAGAGAGCCUGCGAGAGUUGCCGGUACGGCUGGCAGUCGUCCUCAAGAAAUCACCGCUCCGUUCCAGGACAUUGUCUCCGGGGGGUGAUGGCGGCGGCAGCGGUAGCGCCAAUGCAAGCGCGACCACGUUGCGGCGGCGGCGCGUAGGGGCGCUCGAGGUUCAGGUGGCGGCGCGGCAUCCGAACCGGGGUCACCAGCUUCACGCCCAGGUCAUCCAUUCUAAGCUCGCUUCUGGAAGGUGGCCUCGGCUGGGGACGAGCACGUGUCUACCCAACAGAGUGAGAAGGGCGCUGGAGUCUUGGGGGUUCAAGACGGACAAGCGAGAGAUCGGCGGUACAAGAAAAGACGAAAACAUCACAGGUGAAGCAGGGGUCGUGACGAAGACGAAUCCACUCCAAACUCAAACGAGAAAAAUGAUAUGGUACAUCGUUGAACUUCGUAUUGUCCAGCACGAUUCCCUGCAGGAACUACUACGGUCUCUGUUUGGUGGGUGUUUCAACAUGGACAAUGUGACCGUUGAAGCAAAAAGGUGGGCACAAUGCUUGAUCUCAUUGUCAUCGCCUGGUUCAGCAGAUGGUGCGGGAGCUGAUACUCCGUCGGCGCAACAUCGGCCGAGACCACGAGUCCUGAUUCCGUGGGAGUUUGAUAACCGAGAUAGGAUGCAUCGAGGGGACGAAGUCACAACCUCUCGUCGUCAGGGCGCUAGAAUUCCCGACAAGCACGCCCACACCGAUGGCUACAACGACAACAGCAAGAUCAGAGGUGGAGCGAGAACCACCCCAGCUACCGCCGAAGAGAUCGCGACCAACAAUCACGACUUCCACGGCAAAGUCAGCAACAAACCCACCACCUCUGGCGAGAACGGCAGCGACACCGGAAACGACGGUGAUAGGCGACGAUCCGGAAGGAACCCCGAACGCCCAGGGAUGACCACGACCACCGUGCCGGACUCUAGGGAUGACGGGUGCUCUCCUUCAAGAGGUCGAGAGGCAAAUGGUACGGUGGCAGCCGGGGUGCUCGGGCAAGAGAAUUCCUCGAAAGCCGCGGAAGUGGGCGAAGAUUCUGUCGCUUUGGUCGAUGGCGUUGCUACUGCUCCUGGAGGGGGUGCAGAUGGCAAACCGUCGCCCAGAACGAACCCGGCUAUCACCACCACAACUAUCGCUGCGCCCUCAAGCUUGGAGAGAAGAGAAGAGGAGAUCGGGACAAAUGAAAAGGCUAUUGUGCAUGAAGGCAUCCGACACAGCCAAACAGUCGCUCCAGAGGCGGAGAUACACUUCGGGGAUGGCAGUUUCGAGGCGGCUGGGCUGGAGGAACUUGUAGAAGAUUGCAGUGCGGGCGGAUCAUGUUCUCAUUCAAAUGGACAGAAAAAGGAUCAGCUAUCUUGUGAAAACAGAGGCUCUGCUAGUCGUAUCGCGGCUGACAGCGGCUCUUGCAACAACAGAGACGACAAAACAAACAGCACCAGCAGCAAGCAGACGCCGGCAUCAAGCAUUACGGGAGAAACAGGACACCAGUUGGAGCCAGUCCCUCGGACAGGGCAAGAUUUCACUAGCGGUGUUGUGCGGACAUCUGAGCGCUGGAACAAAGGAGCGAAAGCAGCCGUGAUGAACGAUAUUUCGGACGCAGGUAGAAGAAACCUAGGGUCUCAGCCAGCUGUGGAAGAGGCAGCGACCCGCGGGGGUGGCACGAGGGAGGAACAAACUCUCGUUGUUGCAAAUGCCGCUAAUGCCACCGACGAUCUCGACUUUCAUUGGGAGAGCGGCAGUCACUCUUCCUGCGACAGAAGCAGCUGUGGCGACAGCACCACACAUAGUGACCCUUCUCACAGCAGGACCGACGGCGCAGAAUCACUCUUCAGAUCGGCCGUAGAGCCACAAGACUCUAGAACGUCGCGCGGAGGCACUAUUGGACCCGUUGUGCAAAGCGACAGUAUUGUGCAAAGCAGCAGCACGAACAGCAACAGCAACAGCAGCAACGGACAUCGCGGAAGGGCAGACGUAAGAGUAACAAGAGACGCGGUCGGUGGCCCAGUGCGAGCUGAGGAAGGGGAGAACGACAUCUCCGCCGAAGAGGAUGAGUACGAUGCUGAUUUCGCUUCGCAGGCCGAAGACUCGUUGGUCGAGGAAGUGGACGAGGAUGCUGCCGAUGCUGCCCCAGGGCCGCCACCUUUCGUGGCGCCGAAAGAGAUCGACAGCAUGCAUGAAAACGAUGAGGAGGAGCUCGAGGAUGCCAUUUGGGACCAAGACGCGGAGGAAUGGGAGGAGGAGAAAAAGGAGGAGGAGGUGGAAGAGGAAGAGUACGGCGAUGACUUUGACUCAUGA